UGUGGGUAGCUGCUGUCCCCCCUCCUCUCUAGUCUUGGUCAAUGCGUAGCGUUAUACCCUCCGUAUUAUAACCGUGGUGGCCGUGCCUUUGUGCCGACCCUGAUGGCCUCAUAGCAGCCGGCCAACUCACCCACCCUACUGGCGUAUUCCGCCGCUCAUCUCGCCGUCCUCAUGCGCCCGGGACUCGCCGGAGUAGCCGCGGAGAUGCUGAGCGGUGCCGUCUGCCGAGCCAGGCCGAAGCUGGGCAGCCUCUUGCUCGCGCCCGUUACCACCGCCACCACCACAAUGGCACCAUCACCUCUACCAGCGAUGUCAAACAUGAGCGGACGCCGACUGAGGUCCACGUCGUCCCUGCAGGGCUUCUCCGAGCUGGCCCGAGAGCGGUCCAAAACUGUGACAUCGUUUUACAACCAGUCAGCCAUUGACGCCUCAGCGGAGAAGGCCUCAGUGCGACUCACCCUGGCCACGCUCCUGUAUUCUGGCAAGUCUCCGGAUGGACAUCACAUCCUGAGCAGUGCCAAGUACCUUCAUAAGGAGCUGCCCGUGCGCAUCGCCCAUCGUAUCAAAGGCUUCCGCAGCCUGCCCUUCAUCAUCGGCUGCAACCCCACCAUCCUGCAAGUGCAUGAACUAUACAUCAGAGCCUACCAUAUGCUCAGCGACUUUCCUCCCAUCCAGGAUCAGGAUGUGGAAUCUCGUUUCUGCAAACUGGUGCAACAGCUCCUGGACGACCACAAGGACGUGGUCACCAUGCUGGCGCAGGGCUUCAGGGAGUGUCGCAGACACAUCCAAGAUGAGACCAUCAUCCGAAACUUCCUGGACACCACGCUGUGCUCUCGCCUGGGAAUACGAAUGUUGGCCACGCAUCACCUCGCCCUGCACGAAGACAACGCAGACUUUGUGGGCAUUAUAUGCAGACGCCUGUCGCCCAAAAAGAUCAUUGAGAAGUGGGUGGACUUUGCCAGGCGUCUUUGUGAGCACCAAUACGGCAACUCACCCCGAGUUCGCAUCAAUGGCCAUGUGGCGGCACGCUUCCCCUUCAUCCCGCUGCCGCUCGACUACAUCCUGCCUGAGCUGCUCAAGAACGCUAUGAGGGCCACAAUGGAGAGCCAUCUGGACACGCCCUACAACGUGCCCGACGUGGUCGUCACCAUCGCCAACAACGAUAUUGAUUUCGUCAUCAGGAUUUCGGACCGUGGUGGCGGCAUCCCUCAUAGGAUAAUCGACAAGGUGAUGGACUACCACUUCAGCACGGCUGAGGAAAGCGCGCAGGACCCCCGCAUGAACAACCUCUUCAACAACAUCACCAACAGCGGCAACCAGUCUGGACCCAUGCACGGGUUUGGUUUCGGCCUGCCAACGUCACGUGCGUACGCAGAAUAUCUGGGCGGCUCUGUGUCCAUUCAGUCCAUGCAGGGCAUCGGCACAGACAUCUACCUACGUUUGCGCCACAUCGACGGCAAAGGUGAAAGCUUCCGAGUGUAACUUUGCUCGCCUCUUUUAUUUCCACAAUUCUUGUCUCUUUUCUUUGCCUUAGAUGGAUUAUAAGCUAUGUUAGCUCUCGCGUUGAGGACUUGAUUUUUUUUUUUUUUUUUGGGGGGGGGGGGUACCCCUGUGGCAUGUAUGAA